CUUAAGGGCACUUUCACUAACCCUAGCAGUCAUUUUCGCAUUUUUAUCGAUUAGCAGAAGAAGAAGAGAACGAUGAAGGUGAUCGCUGCUUUUCUCCUAGCGAAACUCGCCGGAAACGAGAACCCAACGAAAGAUGAUUUGAAGAAGAUCUUCGAUUCCGUUGGUGCUGAAGUCGACGAGAAGAAGAUAGAUCUGCUCUUUUCUCUGGUCAAGGAUCACGAUGUGACGGAGCUGAUCGCUGCCGGGAGGGAGAAGAUGGCUGCUCUCUCAUCUGGUGGCCCAGCUGUAGCUAUGGUGGCCGGACCUGGAGGCGACGCUCCUUCCGCGGCUGAGCCAGCGGCGGAAUCUAAGAAGGUUGAGGAGGAGAAGGAGGAAUCGGACGAUGGUGGAGGCAUGAUGAGUCUCUUCGAUUGAUUCGGUUUAUCGUGAAGUUAAUUAGAGGAUCUGAUUAAUUAGUAUCGUCGUCUCGUCUGGGUUGUUAAUUUUCAUCGCUUUUAAAAUUUUUAGGGUUUAUGUGGGAUUCUGUGGAUGGAUCGUUGUUGCUACCUUUUAAGGAGGAUUAUUCAUUGUUUUUAGAAGUUUUGAAAUCUAUCGUGAAUAGAUCUUUCUUGCUUAUUGAUCCG